GCUGCCGGAGUGGCGUGCUGGUGUUGGAGGUGGCGGCAGCAGCAGUGUCAGCAGCGGUGGUGCGUGCGUGUGCUGGGGGUUUUCUCUGAGCUUUAAGGGGAAUAGCUGGGAAAGCCAAUCCUGACAGCACAUACAUAAGAGAGAGGGGGGUUUUCUCCAUUCUCCCCACGGCGUAGCUCCCGCAGCAGGAUUUUUAUCACUUGGUCUCCAGGAUGAAGCUCUGCGUGAGCGGAAGGGUCAUCAUAUGUAACGCAAACAGUAACUCUGCAAGCCAGACUUAACCGGUCUCCUCUAACACACAUGACGGCUCCCUGCGGUCGACCCCUUUAAACACAUGAGAGGGAAGGAACACAGACAAACCAUGAAAAAGAUUUACAUUGGUAAAACCGCCUUAAAAGUCCCCCGAAACGGCGGCAAACAUCCCAAAAAGAGCUCACUGCUGGAGCAGAAGGAAGACUUACGGAAGAGGCUUUCCUACACGACACAUAAGCUGGAGCUGCUGCAGAGCGAGUUUGACUCCACACGGCAGUACCUGGAGACAGAGCUGCGCCGAGCACAGGAGGAGCUGGACAAGUUCACUGACAAACUGCGCAGAAUACAGAGCAGCUACUCAGCGCUGCAGAGGAUCAACCAAGACCUGGAGGAGAAGAUCCACAGAGAUUCUCAGCACCAUGAUGAUGAGAAGCGAGCUCUGAGCAGAGAGAUCAUCGUCCUCAACAACCGCCUGAUGGAAGCGAAGCUCACCAUCGAGAAACUCCAAGAAGACAAUGACGUGUACAGAAAAGAUUGUAACCUUGCCGCUCAGCUUCUCCAGUGCAACAAAUCUCUUUACAGGGCCCAGCUCUCUGAGCUGCCUGCUGAUUUUCAGGAGCGUCUCACCCUCCACAUGGAGGACUCUCCUCUCUGUCACACCUACUCUGACUCUCUUAUUGCCAAAGUCCUCGAGAAGCCAGAUGAGGUCUGCAGUAGCAGUCAGGCCUCCCGCUCCCCCAGCCCUCAAGCCCAGGAGCACACCUUUAUCCUGGAGCGCAUUGGACCAGGAGAGCGUCUUGGGCUGCGUGCGGCCUACAAAUCUGACCUGUACAGCAGCGACACGGCACUGUACUGCCCCGACGACCGGCACCGUGAGCGCCGGCCCAGCAUGGACCUCCACGGUCAGAGAAAGCUCCUAUAUGGGCCCCAAAACUCCACCGAUAGCAACCCAGAGGAAGGCUCAGUGGGGCUAAGGGCCGGCUUCUCGCAGGAGCACUUUGCCAAGUUUCCUCCACCGCUGGGCGCAGGCUCCAGUUCCUAUUCCAGCUUUAGUGGAGGGGGGUCUGAAGACAAAGGUAACGGCCCUCCCAGCAGCGCUGCUUCAUCCCCACACCACCACUCUCUCUACAUGGAGUGGAGGGAUGCGGGGGACUAUGAGAGGAAGAGUGAUUCAUCGUGGGAGAGAGACAGUCCUGGAGGCUUUGCCAAUGCUCACCCGUUCACACAGAGCGAGUUAAGCCACCACCAGAAUGGCAGCUCGCCCGUGUACAGCCGCACCAUGUCGUCAUGCUUCAGUGAGCCCUACGAGCCACUCCCUCCAUCAUCAUCCCCUAGUGUCGCCUAUGGAGACAGUCGUCGGGGCAGCACUUUAGCCCCUGAGGAGGAGGAGCUGAUUGGCAGAUGGAGGCAGCUCAGCGUGGAGGAUUUGAGCGCCCACUCGUACCGCAGCCCAGGUCGAGCUUCGCCGUACAGCUUCUCAGAGCAGCAUUUCUCCGUCCGACCUGCAAAGAUCCGGCUCGGGCCGCUCUACAGCAGCUUCCAGGAGGGGGCAGACUACUACACCCAUGGAGGGGACACCAUGGAGUCUGGGUGGGUCGCUGCCAGCCCCAGUCCUGAAUGCAGCCCAAGUUUACGGCAGGCACACAGCCAAGCCCAUCUGUACCGAGCGGAGGACGGUCAGGGGUCUGAGCACAGCCUCUACCACUCAGGGUCCAGCUCCAAAGACAGGGAGGGGCCUGUGGCUGCGGGCGGGCAGAGCGCCGACUAUGUAGAUCCAAGCCCCAACAGCUCCACUGAGUCGCUGAACCAGAGGACCCUGGAGAUGGCUGCAGAACUGCAGCACUACCAGGUGGAGAUGCACAGCCUGCCUGCACAGGUGAGCCAGUCCCCUCCACCGGUCCCAGCCCCUCCCCCUCCUCCGUACAACCAAAAAUUUGGCUCCCUGGGACUCUCCAGGAAGGACAGUCUGACUAAGGCGCAGCUCUAUGGAACUCUUCUGAACUGAACAACUUAAACUGAUCAGGUUUAAUCUCUGAUAGGAUGCUAGAUGCAUCGUCUGCGGAGGUGCAGCUUCUGUUAGCGCGAUCAUUUUGAUAGAAAAUGGUUUAAAUAGCAGCCUGGAGGCUAAUUAUUCAGUAUAACCCUUCAUAUAACUUCAGCUGAGCGAUGAAAGCUUUGAUUGGAUGAGAGUGGAUGGAAAUAGUUUACACUUAAUUUACCCAGAGCGACAUAAGAGACUUGGCAGUGAAGCCUGUGAAAUUUGUAAGAAUGUGUACGUAUUUAAAUCACAAAUGUAAAAAUAUAUACUUAUUAGUAAAAAUCAAGUGAUAUAUUUUGUAUGUAGCUGUAAGCAAGGAAUAAAUCCCAAACAAUCACAUAUAAAAAGGAAAUCUUUGUUAAGCUGGAACUUGUACAUACAUUUAAAAGCUGCCGAUCUUAUAUUUGACGAACCUGAGCGGUAUUUAAUCAGUACAGACACAUUUAAGUUAUUUUUAAUCAGCUGAAACGGUUGCCUUGUGAGGAUUUAAAUGUUGGAAGAACACAAAAAUCGUUGCUUAAAUGAGAUUAUUUUAUCCUCUGUUGAUUCAGUUUGACAGUAUCGGUGGGUGUGUUUUGUUGUAAUUGAUGGAACAUUUUGAGAUCUGUCUUAACAGUCAGUAUUAUUUUAUAUUCUUGCUCUUCUAUAUCCCACGGAGAGGUUUUCCUGCCCCCAGUCUACCUCAGAUUUGAAUGCCCACACCCCACAUGAAGCCACUGUAACCCUGUUUUCUUUGACGGCGAUGCAUGAUCCUAUAUUUUGGUUGUUUUGUUCGCAUAAUAAAGCACAAAUUACACAGAGAAGCUUCAAUUAUUCCUUCAUUGUUUGAAUUUUUAUCCACAUUUUGGGAGCCAUGUGGCUGGAGCGUGCUGACUCACUACGAAGCCCUGCUGUAUCACUGAUGUGGAUUUAAAAAUAGGUCAGUAGAGGAGGAAUUUUUUUGCCAACUUCAGCAAACCCAAAAAAGAGAGGAAGUUUAUUUGCAUGUUCCAAGAAGUUAUCAAGGGAAGACUGUGAGGAAAGGCUGGCUUUGCUGAGUUUUUGUGAUGCUAACAAGUGUGGUACACCCAUCCAUCCGUUCAUUUUCUAAGUGUGGUACAAAUACUAAAAAUACAAGGGCUGGAAAAAAUAACCACAACACUUUAAAACAACAUUUUCUUUAGCAGAGAUUCAGGAUACGAUACGAUAUCAAUGUGUGAUUACUAGUACUUUGUUGUACUAUUACUUUGAUAAGUGCUAUCAUUAUUAUGUCCAAACGUGCUUUAUUUUAAAUGUAUUUAUUGACAUUCUUAUAAAAUUACUGAAUUGUUUGAACAAAUUCACAGGUUUCUUACUUUAAAAAACCCCAUUUCCAAAAAAGUUGGGGUGCAGCAUUAAAUGUAAAUAAACAGAAUGCAAUGACUUGCAAAUCUCAUUACCCAUAUUUUAUUCACAAUAAAAUAUAAAUAUUGUGGAACAAUUUUUGAAAAUUGUUUAUCACAGUAAAAUUGUGAAAACUUUGAAUAGACAAGCAUGCCCAGUACUUAAUGUCAGCAAAAGAAUCAGAGAAACUGGAGAAUUCUUUGUGUGCAAGGGGAGGGCCUCGUGAUCUUGGUCCUCAGGUGGUACUGCAUUAAAAAAAGGCUUUUUUUGUACUAGAAAUCACUGCAUGGGAUCAGGAACACUUACAGAAAUUAUUGCCUGUCAACACAAUCUAAGUUAAAGCUGUAUAAUGCAAAAAGAAAAAAAAACAGAAAAGAAGAAGUAUGUGAACACAAUCCAGAAACUCAUUUCAAAUGGACUGAGGCAAAAUGGAAAACUGUUCUGUGGUCAGAUGAUUUAAAAUUUAAUAUUCUUUUUGUAAACUAUGGAGGCCGUGUCCUGCAGACUGAAGAUGAAAGAGACUAUUUUGAAUUUGAUGGCAACAUAUCUCAAAAAAAGCAGGGACAGUGCUAUGUUUACCAUCCCCUCUUGUUUUAACAGCAGUCUGUAAACUCCCGGGAAGUGAGGAGAGCAGCUACUGGAGUUUUGGGGAAGGAAUGCUGUCCCAUUCUUGUGUGAUGUAGGAUUGUGGUUGCUCAACAUUUCUGGUCUCUUUUUUUUUUUUUUUUGCAGAUUUUUCAUUUUAUGAUGCUCCAAAUGUUUUCUAUUGGUGAAAGUUCUGGACAGCAGGUAGGCCAGUUCAGCACCUGGACUCUUCUGCUGCAAAGCUAUGCUGUUGUGGUGAUGUGGUAUUUAAUAUAACCACAGAACACUUUUCCAUUUUGCCUCAGUCCAUUUUAAAUGAGCUUUGGCUCAGAGAAGACAGCUACAGUUUCAAAUCUUGUCCACGUAUGGCUUCUUCUUUGCAUGACACAGCUUUAACUUGCAUUUUUGAACUGUGCUGACAGAAGAUUUCUGGAAGUGUUUCUGAGCGCAUGCAGAGAUCUCCAGUACAGAAUCAUGCAGUGCUGCCUGAGGGACCCAAGAAUAGGAGGACAUUGUCCUUUGUGCACAGAGAUUAUACACUGUAAGUGAUGGGAUGGGAUAUGAAAUUGUUCCACAAUUUUUAGAUUUUACAAACAUCUGCCCAUCUUUACUUCUAAGGGGCCCCGCCUCUCUAAAAUGCUCCUUUUCUACCCAGUCAUGUUUCUGGCCUGUUACCAAUUUAUGUGAUUAGUUUGAAAAUGCUCCUCCAGCUGUUUUUGUUCUUUGCCACUUACUUUUCCAGCCUUUUGUUGC